AUGAAAUUUCGUAAAAAAUUGAAUGCGGAGGCUCAUCCAAAAUAUCGAGAGCAUUAUAUUUCAUAUAAAGAGUUAAAGAAUGUCAUAAAACUAAUAACAGGAAAUGAUACGUCUACUUAUACGAUAAAAGAAAUAACCUCAAACUUUGGAAAUAUAAGAGCUCUAAGUGGAGCCGAAUAUAAAUCACCAGAAUCUCGAUUUCAAGACAUCCUAAAUACGGAACUAGAUAAAAUUAAUAGUUUUACUAUUGCAAUAAUAAAACAAUGGUUUACAGAAGCUAAGACAUAUUAUAAAGAAUUAAAAAGAGGAGAUGAGAAAUCUAUAGAUAUAUUAGAUAUAGAAAAAAAAUUAAAUAGAUUAGGUAAUACAUUAAUAUUUAUAGAAAAAUAUAGAAAUAUUAAUUUUAUGGGAUUUCGUAAAAUUACAAAAAAAUUUGAUAAGCAUAAUGGUAAAACAGUUAGCUCUUCAUUUUAUAUAAAUGUUGUAAUAAAAAGUCUUUUUAUGACUUUUGAUACAAAUUUAUUAGUAUAUAUAUUAUCGAUAUGCUUUAAAUAUUAUAGAAAUGUAAAAAACAAAAAUAACAUUAUAGAGGUUAAUGAAAAUACAAAAGAUGAACAUACUGUUUUAAAUAAUAAUGUCCAGCCUAAUAAAAAUGUAUCAAAUUGUGAUAAAACUAAUAAUUCAAUGAUAAUUGAAAAUGCUAAUGUAGUUAAAAAAGAUGUAAAUAUAAAAGAGAAUAAUUUAUCUACUGAUAUACCCAAGAUGGAAAAUUUGUGUAUACAGACAGAAAAAAGUGUUGAAAAUACAAAAUAUAUUGUAAAACUACAAAAUGUAAUGUCAGUCAAAGUAGAAAUAUGUAAACAUUUUGUUUUUCAAUAUAGCAAUUUAAAAGAAUCUGAUAUUCUUAUAAAUUUUAAUAAUUUAAUGAAUAUAAUAUCAAAAAACAAAACACAAAAUGAUUACAUAACUAUAUAUUUCGACGAUCCAAUGUUAAAUACUUACAAUAAUUAUAUUAAUCAAAAUUUACAAAAUAAUGAAUGUUUUAGAAUACGAUCAUAUAUUUAUUCAAAAGGUGAUGAUGAGCGAAAUAUUAAAAAAAAUACACAUAUCCAAAAAUUUAAUUUAUAUGAACCCAGUCAUGAUAACAAUGAACAAUUUAUUCCUCCAGAAAAAUUAGUAAACCAAGAUUUAGAAAUAAAAACAGUAGAUGAUUUAUAUUCAGCAUCUAUCCAUGAUACAUGUAAUAAUGAUAAGAGCAUUAUAAAUGAUUCAAAGUUUCAAAGAAAAAAAAAUUCUGAUAAUAUAACUUCUAAAACAGAUGAAUCAAAUUUGGCUAGUACAAAUAAUAGUGUUAAUAAUAUAAAAAAACAAGAUGAUGGUAUAACACAAAAAUUUAUAGAAAAAUACAUUUCUGAGAUUAAAGAAAAGAAUCUUAAAAGUUAUAUUAAAAGUAAAUUAAAUAGAUUGCAUUUUUAUGGUGAAAAUGUAACAGGUUAUAUCGACGAAAAUAUAUGUUAUUGGGCUCAUAACGAUAAACGAAGUAUUUAUAAUGAUGAUUAUAGUGAGGAUGAUGAAGAAGAUAAUUGUAUAGAAGGGGGUGUAAAAAGCGAUGCCAAUAAUUUAAAUGAAAACAAAUAUAUUUGGACUGGCAAAGGGAGUAAGAAAUAUUCUUAUUUUGAUCAUGCUAUUAUUGAUAUUAGUAUAAAAGAAAAUAUGGAUAAAAAUAUAAUACUUAAAUUAAAUAAUCUUAAAGAGGUUAAAGAAGUUUGGGGAUAUUCCUCUUUUCUUCAAGGUAUAUCUUUAUUUUAUUCAAACCAAAUAUCAACUUAUCCACACUGGACAGUUUAUACACACAACAACCUUACAAACCCGAAAAGCAUUGAUAAUUCAAAAAAAAAGAAAAAAGAAAAGAAAAAAAUGGAAUACUCCUCAGAAAAUAGUGCUAAUAACGGAAGCAAUGUGGUUCUCUCUGAAAAUACGAAUAAUUAUACAAAUGGAAGUCCCCCCAAAAAAAAAAGAAAGAAACAGAAAAAAAAAUUGGAAAUUAACGGUGAGUAUAAAAAGGGUAUUACAUACACCGGCGCGUCUGCACGAAUUGCACACCAAAGUGAAGUUAUAUUUAGAAAUGAAAUAGAGAAAAAUAAGCCUUUCAAUAAUACAUAUCAUAGUAUUUAUGAUUCUAAAAAAAAUAUGCAUCCAGACUGGAAUGGCAAUAAAAAUUACAAUAAUUCUGAUAAUAACCGAAUGAAAUAUUCCAACGCAAAUAAAUCCUUCCCAAUCAAUACCUAUACAAUAGAAAACCCCAAUUUUUAUGAGCCUCUUCUAGAUUCAGAGGAUGAUACGAGAUGUGAAAACUUUAAGUCACCUUCUGGUAGCAUUUUUUCAUUUUUUAAGCGUUUAUUUUUUAAAAAAAAUCAAAUUGUUGAUAAUAAAAUCCCCAAAAAUUCAGUAGUUCGAGUGGAGCCUAAAACAUUUUUUGCUAAUGAAAGAACCUUAUUACAAUGGCUAAAUACUAGUGUAUUACUUUCAACAAUUUCUAUAACUCUUCUUAAUUUCUCAAAUUUUUAUGGUUUUAUCUCUGGAAUUAUUAUGGCACCUGUUGCUAUUUUUUUUAUUAUAUAUUCAUUUUAUAUUUAUUUAAAAAGAGCCAAUGCACUGAUUAAUAAAGAACCCAUAGAUUACACAGACAAAGUUGGUCCCGGAGUUUUAGUCGUUACAUUGACAUUUGCAUUGUCAACAGUUGUCGUACUAAAUGUAUACAGUCGUUUCAUUGGGGGCCCAUACAAUGGAGAGGCACCAGUAGAUCAAAAAUGA